AUGAAGCUGUUACUGGUCGUCGCCAGCCUGGCCCUGGCCAUCUCCGCGGAGUAUGGUCCUCUCAUGAGGGAUUACCAUGAGGAGUUCGGCGUGCCUCAGGCUGCCCGCAUCAAGGCCUCAGAAGCGGGGCUGGACUUCGACGGCUCCAGGAUUGCAGGCGGCAGUGCCUCCGCUCUGGGAGCACAUCCUCACCUGGGUGGUCUAAUAGUAACUCUGACCGACAACCGUCAGUCUGUGUGCGGCUCCUCGCUCCUCAGCAACAACAGGCUGCUGACUGCCGCCCACUGCUGGCAGCACGGGAACAGCCGCGGCAGAGCUGUGACUGUUGUCCUCGGCUCCGUCUUCCUCUUCCAGGGCGGUCAUCGCGUCAACUCCAACAACGUCCAAAUGCACGCGCAAUACAACCAGAACAAUCUAGCUAAUGACGUCGCUGUCAUCACUAUUCCCAACGUUGCCUACACUAAUCACAUCAGAAAUAUCGAUCUCGCCACGGGAAUCGACCAGUUUGUCGGCGCCUGGGCCAACGUCGCUGGCUUCGGCACAACCGGCGAUGGACAACAACACGCUAUCGGCAACAACCAGAGUUUGGCUGAACUGACCCUUCAAGUCAUUGGCAACGACGUGUGCCGUCGCGUGUACGGGUUUGCCAUCCUCUCUUCCACCAUCUGCACGGCCACACCCGGCGGCCGCGGGCCCUGUCCCGGGGACUCUGGGGGCCCUCUGACCGUCGGCAGCGGUGCCAACCGCCGGCUGAUUGGUGUAGUAUCGUUCGUACAUCGCGACGGCUGCACAGCCAGCCAUCCUGCGGGCUAUGCUAGAGUCACGUCCUUCCAACCUUGGAUCAUCCAGCGAUUAUAA